AUGGCGCUUCGUGUUGUCAACAUGGCAGGUGAAGCAAUCUUGGAGUCCAACUUGGAAUCUGAAUCUUUGGAAGAUUCUCCAGACUUUGCCAGUUACGUGAAGGAUCUCGUACAAGAGAAGACGGGCUUCCCACGCUUCCGCCUCACCUUACUUCUGGACGGUGGGAAGUCUUGGGAAGAACUCGGACACCCUCGAGAAAUCCAAGCAGUCCGGAACCAAGCUGCCACAGACAUGGCCGAUGAACUGAUGAUGGCGAUCUACCAAAAAGACGCAGAGCGAGCGCGUGGGGUUCUGGAGCAACGCCAAGAUCCGAAUUGUCAAGAUGCUGAUGGGCACCCUGCCAUCAUGGUCGCUGCAGCUGUAGGAUCCCGAGAUAUCUUGGAGAUGCUAUUGCAGGCAGGUGCCGAUUCAACCGCUGUAGACGAAUUGCUUGAAACAGCUUUACAUGCUGCAGCUGAAGCCGGGCAACUGGAGUGUGCUGAAGUGCUCCUGGAGAAUGGUGAGACACUCCAGUUGGUGAAUCAACCACAGGAGGCAGGUUUGACCCCGUUGCAUAUGGCUUCCCGGAAUGGUCAUGUCGAAAUGAUUCGUUUGUUGCUGGACUUCGGCGCAUGUCGAGAUGCCCGCGACCACAUGGGUGUGAAUGCAUUGCACGUUGCUGCCGAGUAUGGCCAAGAGGAGGUGGUGGAAUUUCUACUGGAGAUCGGGAUGGAUAUCGAGGCAACAGAAGAGGCAGGUGCGACAGCUCUCUAUUUGGCGGCUGAGAAUGGUCAACUCUCAGUGGUCAAGGCCCUUGUGGAAGCUGGAGCUGAAAAGAAUGCUGCAGAUGAGGCAGGCGCUACAGCAUUGUAUACCGCAUGCCAGUACGGUCACGCAGAUGUGGUGGGGUAUUUGGUGUCAGCAGGUGCUGACCGGAGAAAGUCGAAGAAGUAUGGAGGUAGCCCAAUGAGCAUCGCAACAUGUCGUGGUCAUAUCAAGGUUCUUGAUGUCUUGGAAGGCUCCCCACGACGCAGCGAUCUUCUUAAAGAGAUCGCAGCACUUUUGGCGCAUCGCGAAGACGCAUGUCGCUGA